UCGACCGCUAUCGUCGUGUUCCCGCGACUACAACCCCCCUCAAACCCACAGACAACGUCAACGUCAACCCCACCAUAUUCUACCUUUGACGAUCGGGGCAUGCAUAAUCCUCCUGCAGAUUACGAACCAGAAGCUGAGGAGGCUAGUGGGAGUACGAGCGUAGGCAAGAGAGAGCAGAGAGAUGAAGGAAGGGUCCCAACUUGGCUAAAAGCAAACUCUCCAUUUAUCUCACCUCCCCCGCCGCCGCCGCCUGAAAGUGGCAAGAGAAGAAUAAGUGAUACUGAAAGGGCCGAAGAACGACAAGUGGCACAACGAAGUAGAUGGCAAGCGUUGCUGUUAGAAGCAGGAGGUUUGAGUGCCGCAUUGAGCGAUGAGAGUAUGAGGAGGCUCAAGUAUUGUUUACAGUGGUUGCAGUAUGCAACGCAACACAUCGACGCACAAAUACUCAUUCUACGUGACUUCAUUGCAUCUCUGCAACCUUCCCCCCUAACACCAUCGUCCACCACUACGCCCAGUGCCAACGUCACAGAUCCACCAGAAUUAACGCCAGAUCAUCUCAAAACUCUCGCACAUCUCCGCAGUGAUAUUGUGCAGACAAUCAGACAGGUGGUCGGGGUUGUUUCUAAGUAUGCUGGUAGCGCAUUGCCGGAGCCAGCCCGCAGCCGGGUGAGAGGCUUUAUCUUGGAUUUGCCGAAGAAAUUCGGGGAGGGAAUGGGCGCGUCUGAAGGAGAGCCCAAUGCGAGCACUAGUGGGUCGACUUCGGCUUCCUCAACUACCACCUCCAGAAGAAGAACUGCCAGACGGGAACGGGGUUCUACGGCCACGGAAUCGCAUCCAAGCAGUCCAAUUGCUUCGCAACCAGGGAGUCCUCAUGUUCACCUGCGAGGUCUAUCGCACACUACACACGCGCCGUAUCCUAGCCAUUCUCGACGUGGGUCUUUGGCCAGUGCUGGAUCAGUCGAAACGGGUCGAGCCAUCGGAGCAGCACAGAGAGUGUUAACUCUUGCCACCGAGAGUCUUGACAUGAUGAGAGGAGUAACCGCGGUUGUUGGGGAAAGCCUGGACAGGGCUGACGUAUGGGUCGACCGACUUCGCACCGUUGGCAUCCGGCGUGGCAUGGAUGGAAUCGCAUUGCCGGGCCCGAAUGCAAAUCUCACCUCUGAACAGUCGCAAAUACCAAGAGAGAGGUGGUCUAGCGUGCGUGAUAGUCCUGGCACAGGAACUCCUUCGUCAAGAUUCGGAAGUGGGGCGACUAGUAGUCCCGGUUAUGUCUUGACGGAUGGAGCAUCAAGUCCUGGCGCAUCUGGGCUGGCUGCCAUGAGUCUGGGGGAGAAACCGAAUGGAGGAGGACAUAACAACAACAACGAAAAGGAUGAAUGA